ACGGAGAGAGAGAGAGAGAGAGCACAGCAGCUUCUUCACCGCUGGCUGUAUGCGAUAGUUGUCGCGCGGUAUCCCAGCCGAUAUGCCCAUGCAGUCGUCGCGAUGUAAAGCACGACCCAGAGCGAGGGCACUGGCCGUCGUUGCGCUCGGUUUGCUGGCCCCACCGACCUGCUGCGGAAUGAUACACAAUUUGGGGGUGCACGAUGAUGCAAGGAGAGUCUUCCAGAUCGAGAGCUUCGGCUUCCGCGAGCGCGGCUUCAUGAACUUGACCGUGUCUGGAUUUUCGGUGGAAGGACCGCAGCCGUAUCGGUCGGGCUUCGUGGUGAAGAGAACAGGCACGGAGAGUUCUGCGCAAGAGGAAGUCGAGAACGCGUUGGCGGUGGGGCGGCCAGGAAGCGCAGCAGGGAGCGGCGACGGCGGGGAGCCCACGUGCCUCCUCGACAAGGCCGGGCCGGGAGACCUCGUCCUCGAGCUUAGCGACAAGACCGCCUGGGAGCACGGGAGCCAGGCCAGCCGGACGGUAGGCCCGGGAGAGAAGGGUCUCUACGUCUUGCUCUACUGUGGGUGCCCCGUGGAAUCGGAGGGGGGAGGUGUGGUGGUGAUGGCGGAGGAGGAGCACAAGGUGUCGUUCAAGCUGAGGGUGGCGUUCUGGAACGAGGGGAUCGGAGGGGACAGGGACUACCUGUCUGCCGGGAGCGAGUCCUUGCCGGAGCUGUUCCUGGGAACGUUCGUGCUGUUCUCGGCGGCGCUGGUGGUCUGGGCGCGGUGCAUUAGGAGACAUCCGUCGCAGGUGUUGAAUAACAUCGCACAGAUCGUUCUCGAGGAGACCGCCCCGGGCUCCACGGUGUGGCUCAAGUGGCGCAACGUCCUGUACGUGGUGGACAUCUUGUGCUGCUGCUUCAUCCUCGUGCCUAUCAUCUGGUCCAUCAGGAACUUGAGAGAUGCGUCGCUGGCGGACAGCAAGGCCAUCCGCCGCCUCAACGUGUUCACGGGUUUCUAUAAGAUGGUUUUGGGGUACAUCUACUUCACGCGGAUAAUUCUGGUCUUGUUCUCCGCGAUGCUGCCCUUCGAGUUGGUGUGGCUGGAGCAGCUUGGUUCGGAACUGGCGACGUUAAUCUUUUUCGUCAUCACCGGAUGGUGCUUCAGGCCACACCCAGACGCGCCAUACCUGCCUGUCGGGAGAGAUGACACGGAGGGAGGGGUCGGCAGUGGCGAGGAAGACUCGGAAUCAAUGGAGCUGCUGGCGCUACGGAGAGCAUAAGGCGGCCGAUCGGGGGUGUGAUUUUGUUUCCACAACAAUUAUGAUGACGAGGGUUUGGGCUGUGAAGCUGUUUUUUUUUCAAGGACAGGUGACCGCCGCUGCGGUUGCUAUCGCUGUGAUGACGACUGCUUGUACUCUGUGCAUGGAGGAACACCCGUAGACGUUCCGCUGUGUGUGUGUGUGUGUGUGUGUGUAA